GCUUGUAUUCUCAGCAAUUUCUGCCAAAAUGGCUGCUUCAGCAGGGGGUGCAGGAGCGAGAGCCGUGAACGGCGAGGGCCUAAAGAGUGGGCAGAAGGCCACGAGCGUCUCCGUGGACGACUCGGAGACGUGGGUGGAGGCCAAGCGCUACACGGUGUACAAGGUGGUGGUUCGGAAAGCCGACAAGGCCUACUUUGUAUUCAGGAGGUACAAUGAGUUCCACGAACUCCACGAAAAGCUCAAGAAAAGGUUCCCAGAGAAUGGGCUCAAGUUGCCAGGGAAACGGAUCCUCGGCAACAACUUUGACCCCGACUUCAUCAGACAGCGAAAGACAGGUCUCCACGACUUCAUCGGGAGAGUCAUGAAGAUUCCUGGAGCUCUAGAUUUCCCUCCAGUGAGGGAGUUCCUGUCAUUAGACGACACACGAGCUGCCCUCCCUAUCUAUGACCAGGAGCCGAUUGACGAACCGGUGGAGCCCUGGGCCGGGGGAGGAGCCGGCGAGGGUCACAUGGACUUGGGAGACACGGAGAAAGAGACUGCCAUAAUCACCGACUUCAACCUCCUCAAGGUCAUCGGGAAAGGCAGCUUUGGAAAGGUCUAUUGGCGAGACACAAGCAGACGGAGCAGUGCUACGCCAUCAAGGUUCUGCAGAAGAAUGCCAUCGUCCGCCGCAACGAAGUCAAGCACAUCAUGGCCGAAAGGAACGUCCUCCUGCAGAACGUGACUCACCCGUUCCUGGUGGGGCUCCACUACUCCUUCCAGACCAGCUCCAAACUCUACUUUGUCCUGGACUACGUCAAUGGAGGAGAACUCUUCUUCCACCUCCAGAGAGAGAGGGUGUUUGAGGAGCCCCGGGCCAGGUUCUAUGCGGCAGAGAUCACAUCGGCUCUGGGCUACCUCCACAACCUGAACAUAGUCUACAGGGACCUGAAGCCGGAGAACAUACUGCUGGAUGCACAGGGACACAUCAUCCUCACCGACUUUGGCCUCUGCAAAGAGAACAUUAGUCACGGUGACACGACCACCACAUUCUGUGGUACCCCGGAGUACCUCGCCCCCGAGGUGCUCAAGAAACAAGACUACGGCCGACCGGUCGACUGGUGGUGUCUGGGUGUGGUCACCUACGAGAUGAUGUACGGACUCCCUCCCUUCUACAGCCGCGACGUCGCCGAAAUGUACGACAACAUCCUCCACAAGCCACUCAGACUCCGCCCACAUAUAUCCCCGUCCGCUCGGAACCUUCUGGAAGGUCUGCUGAAGAAGGACAAGACGCAGCGACUCGGCUCCGAGCAGGGGGACUACCACAUCAUCAUGGCCCACCCGUUCUUCCGUGCCAUCAACUGGGACCUUCUCCACAAGAAGAAACUGCAGCCUCCGUUUAACCCCAACGUGAGGGACGACCUCGACCUCCGACACUUUGACCCCGAGUUCACCAGGGAGGCGGUGUCCGACACGCCCUCUCCAGCCCAAGUCCUCGGGCAGAGUCCUGGUGAGCGUCACAGACGAUACGUUUGCCGGAUUUUCAUACGUUCCUCCACCGGUUCUGGACGAUUUUUAGUGAAUGCAUAGUAUGUGUGUGUUUAUAUGUGUGUGCUUGUGUGUGGUUUAUAUCAGGCGUUUUAUAUUAUUUUUUCAAUAUUACUGUGUGUA